GGCUUCAGAUCACCGGCAAUUUUGUGAUUUUUACGUUUCAAUUUGAAGACAUAACAACUAAACAGCAUCACUUUCAUCUCAAAUGUGCCGCGCAAAAUUUUCUUGCGAAAUAUAUCGAAUGUUUUGAUUGGUUACCAGUGGCCAAUCAACGGAUCUUUUACAUUUCAACAAAAACACAAGGCAAGCAUGACGUCACAGGUGCCAUCUCGUGUGGUCGGCGAUAGUCACUUGUUGGAGCAGCGAGGAAUUUUCUUCCUGAAUCAAACAUGGUUUACUGUACUGCGUUCAAUUGCAACAACGAUGGCAAAAAGAUGAAGUCCCUUAGCUUCUUCCAAUUUCCUACUAAUGAAAAAUACCGUCAGAUCUGGAAAGAGAAAGUCCGUCGGUUGAACUGGGAGCCGAACAAGUACUCGAGGUUGUGUUCGGCCCAUUUUGAACCUCAUUGCUUCCUUCACAACUACAAACUAUUUGACUCACUUGGCUUGCCAAGGCCGAAGAAGGCAACGCUGAAGCACGAUGCGAUUCCAACCAUCUUUGAUUAUGAAGACAGGACGUCUAAACCAGCAAAUGAGCAAAUCUUGUCGCGUAAACGAAAACACGAGGAAUCGAAUAGCCAAGUGCCGUGGAAAGGAAGAAAGAUGCUCGAGGUUAUAGAUUUCAAUUCUCUCCUGGAUGACUAUUUGAGGGGCCUCCAAUCUGAGGAAGAACUGCAUUUAGCAAAUUCAUUUCCAAUCAAAACAGAAUCUGACGAAUUAGUGGGUGAAAUAAUUCCAGGAUCAUCUCCAUGUGAGGGUGGUGAUAAAUUUGUGCUGCUUCUCAACAAGCCAUUACCUGCAGACAUCGAUAUCCAGAGUUCACUUUUUUGUGUCCGAUUUGGUAGUGGAAGUGUUGUUCCUGCUUCAUUGUGGAAAGAGCAGGCAAUAAUAGGAGAGUACAUACCAAGAAGUGACAAGCCAGGUGUUGUUGUUGCACAACUGGAAACAACUGAUGGCAAAGUUCUAGGAAGCACAAAAUUUAUAUACAAAGAAGAGAUCUCAACUGGGUUUCGGAAGCUUGUUUGUAGUAAAAAUUAUGGAGGAAGAUUUGUCAAGGCAUUGUCUAGUGCGGAAAGUAAGAAAGAUCCACCUCUUAACAGUCAAGCAAAAACAAGUCCAGAUACAGUCUUGUUGCCUCCUCCGGAAUCAAGUCUUGAACUGACUAGCAUUUUGAGAUUGAUGCUGUACAUAGCUGCCAAGCAAGAAUCUGGUGGAUUUGUAGAGGACCUUUUCAAAACCAAAGUAGGAAAAGCUUUGAUAAACUCAAUCAAGGAUGAAGAAAAGAACAAAGAACAUGCAUCACAAUCAACUUUACAGCAAGGACUGACUUCCUAUCUUGCAAAUAUGUCUAACAGGCUUACUGCUGAAGAAAAAGAGAGAGAGGCGAUGGCAGCAGCAAAACUAGUCAAAGUUGAAGAGAAAAAACAACUAAAACCUGUUAAAAAACCAGCUCUCAAGAAAAAAGAAGUAAAAACCAAACCAAAGAAACCAGGUAAAGGGAAGCUGAAAUCCACCAAGAAAACAGCCAGUGGAAAUACACGUGCUAUUGGAACAGACUGUUCUGGUGAGAAAAAUAUUCAACUUGUUUUUGCUGGUUAGAGAGUCUAUGGAUACUUACCAUUCAGUCAAAAAAUCCGGAAAUUUCGGUUAAAAGUCAAGUGGAACAUUAAUUUGCUAGAAAAAUAUGUUGAGAAAUAAUUGUAAAUUGCCUUUAGAGGUAGUGUGGAAAAGAGUAGCUGAAAAUUCCGUACCAUCUACUGAAUUCCACAGUUUGUCGGCAAUUGAAUACAAUAAGAGGGAGUCAAAUUGUAAAUGGUACUUAAAGGGUGGACCAUUUGACUUUUGAGGAGUUGUGGCGGGGGCGAUUUUGAAAAAGAAUAUCCUGCAAGCAUACUUGUUCCAAAAACGAUGAAUGCACACGACCACUGCUGGAAAAAUUUCAUGCACGUUCAAUGAGCCGAAAGAGGCCUGUUACACUGAGAAAAUGAUAUCAUGUGUACACACCCAUCCACAGAAAAAAAAACCUUCUCGUGCAUGAAAGGGUUAAAAAAAAUCAUGCCUCUACAACUACCAAAUCUCUCACACGCUCCCACCCCUCAAAAGUCAAAUGGUCCAUCCCCAAGUGCCAUCUCAUUCGGUUGGUUUGCCGAUUUUGGGAAAACGCUGACCAUUAAUCAACGGCCUUCCAAACUGGUUUAUUCUGACAUAAGGGAGGAAAACUAUAUGUUUUUUUUCGGACAGUGCUGAGUGGGAGGAGUCAGGUAGCACGGUGCAGUGGAUACCACGUGGAUUUAAUCGCUCUAUCUUUGUUAUCCUCUUGUGUCUAGAGCUCUCUCACGUUGGAGUGUAAACGGGGAGACCUGACUAAAAGG